AUGCUGUUCGCGAGCUCCCUCCUUCGCGCCGCGCCACUCCUCGCCGUUGCAGCCCUCGCGGGCGCGUCUCCCCUCGCCAAGCGCGCCGACCCGACGGUCAAGCUCGACAAUGCGACCGUGACCGGCUCGGCUUCGGGCAGCGUCAACAAGUUCUUGGGCAUCCCGUUCGCACAGCCCCCGACCGGCAACCUGCGCUUCCAGCUUCCUCAGCCUCUCUCCGCGUACUCGACGGACUUCAGCGCAACGUCCUUCGGCCCCGCGUGCCCGCAGCAGCCGAUCAAGUUGCCCAUCCCAGACUCCCUGCCGCAGCAAGCCAAGGACGCGAUCAACAAUGUUACGAAUCUGCUGUACGACGUUAUCACGCCCGCUGCCGAGGAUUGCCUGACGGUCAACGUCGUGGCACCUGCUGACGCCACUCCCGACUCGAAGUUGCCUGUCAUUGCGUGGAUCUUCGGAGGCGGAUUCGAGGUUGGAGGCACUAGCACCUACGAUGGUGGUGUCAUCGUGGACCGCGCCAUCGACCUUGACGUCCCUGCUAUCUACGUCAGCAUGAACUAUCGAGUUGCAGCGUUUGGCUUCCUUGCCAGCAAAGAGGUGAAGGAUGCUGGUGUCGGCAAUCUCGGCCUCCAAGACCAACGUCUUGCCCUGCAGUGGAUCCAGCAAUACAUCGGCGCUUUCGGAGGAGACGCGUCCAAAGUCACCAUCUGGGGCGAAUCCGCCGGGGCGAUCUCCGUUGCACUGCACAUGCUUACAAACGGCGGAGACACGCAGGGCCUCUUCCGCGGCGCGUUCAUGAACUCGGGCUCGCCGAUCCCCGUGGGCGACAUCACCGAGGGCCAGCAGUACUACGACUAUCUCGUCGACCAGACCGGGUGCUCGGGCGCGUCGGACACGUUAGAUUGUCUGCGGGGUGUAGAUUAUGACGAAUUGAUGAAGGCUGUCGGCGGGACGCCGUUUAUUUUCUCGUAUCAGUCCUUGGUUCUGGCAUGGCUGCCCCGUGUAGAUGGGGUGUUCCUCAAGGACGACCCGCAGAACCUUGUCACGCAGGGUUCAGUUGCCAACGUGCCUUUCAUCUCGGGCGACUGCGACGACGAGGGCACACUCUUCUCGUUCUCGACGCUGAACGUCACCUCCGACGACCAGUGGAGCGACUACCUUCAGACCAUCUACCUCCCCAAGGCACCGGGCGCAGACAUCAGCCAGCUCGCAACGCUCUAUCCCUCGGACCUGUCCGAUGGCUCUCCCUUCAACACCGGCAUCGCCAACGCGCUAACACCCGAAUUCAAGCGCCUUGCCGCCUUCCAGGGCGACGCCGUCUUCCAAGCUCCCAGGCGAUACUUCAUGCAAGCGCAGUCCGGCAAGCAGCCCAUGUGGUCGUUCAUCAACAAACGUCUCAAGGCCAUCCCCUUCGUCGGCUCGUUCCACGGCUCGGAUCUGCUCAACGUCUUCUUCGGCGGCGACAUGACCGACUACGUCGUCCGCUUCGCGGCCAACCUCGACCCAAACGGCGACACGGGCAUCAGCUGGCCCAAGUACACCACCGACGCCCCCAACAUGCUCGCGUUCCAGGACGGCUUUACGCCCCAGGCGAUCGAGCAGGAUAACUAUAGGGUGGACGCGAUGCAGUACUUGGCGAAUGUUACGCUCCAGUUCCCCAUCUAA